UUAAAUAAAUCAUCUAAGAUCAUUGAUUUGCCUCAUCAGUUCUUGUUUUGUCAGUUGUAGUUAUGGGAAGAAGUUGCAAUCUUCUCUUUGCUUUUGUGGUUUUCAUUCUACUCCAUACUUCACUCUCUUCUGUUCCCAAUAUUAGUACUGAUGAAGCUGCUCUUCUUGCCUUCAAAUCUCACAUUUCUUCUUUCGCUCCAAACAAUAUCUUAGCAACCAACUGGUCUUCUUCCAGACCAGUUUGCAGCUGGAUUGGCAUCACUUGCAGCUCCCGACACCAUAGAGUCACAACAUUAGACAUUUCUAACAUGAAACUUUACGGUACCAUUCCUCCACACCUUGGAAACCUCUCAUUUCUUGUCUCCCUUGACAUCAGUGACAACACAUUCCAUGGGAAUUUGCCACAAGAGUUGGCUCAUUUGCAGAGGUUGAAACUGAUUAAUGUCACAAGCAAUAACUUCACGGGUGCCAUUCCAUCAUUUUUAAGUUUGUUACCUAACCUUCGAUACAUGUACCUUUCAAUAAACCAAUUUUCGGGAGAAAUUCCAUCUUCCCUUUCCAAUCUAACAAAGCUAGAAGUGCUGAGAAUAAAAGGAAAUUUUCUUGAAGGAGAGAUCCCUCGAGAACUUGGUGAUCUUCAUUACAUGACUGCUUUAAACCUGGAAAGUAACCACCUUACUGGCUCUAUACCACCAUCAAUUUAUAACAUUACAACCAUGCGAGUCAUUGCUCUUACCGAAAAUAAUCUUACUGGUAAGCUUCCAUCAACUAUAUGUGACCAUCUUCCAAACUUGGAAGGGCUUUACCUCUCACGCAACUUCCUAGGUGGCAUUAUUCCACCAAACUUCGAAAAAUGCAAAAAACUCAAGAUCUUAUCAUUGUCUGAAAAUGAGUUCAUUGGAACUGUACCAAGGGAGUUAGGCAACAUAACAGAUCUUACAGAAUUAUUUCUUGGAGUACAGCACUUGCAAGGAGAGAUACCAGUGGAGCUAGGUAAUCUUAAGAAUCUACAGUUGUUGACAUUAUCUGCUUGUUAUCUUACUGGUUCCAUCCCCACAAGCAUUUUCAACAUGUCAGCACUGCGGAUACUAGUACUUGACGAAAACAUGCUUAAAGGUAAUCUACCAGCAGAUUUAGGCAGUGGGAUCCCCAGCCUAGAAAUGUUUAUUUGUGCAAACAACAAUCUGAGUGGUUUUAUAUCUGCUACUAUCUCAAAUGCUUCAAGACUCUAUAUGGUCGAUCUUUCAAUCAACCAUUUGACAGGUUCGAUUCCUCAAUCACUUGGUAACUUAGAAAACCUUGAGGUUUUGGACCUGUGGCUGAACAAUCUUAUUAGCGAUUCAUCAUUGAGCUUCCUGGCAUCUUUGACAAACUGUAGGAAACUGAGUGAACUCUCUUUCAGUUGGAAUCCCUUGGACAGUUACCUUGCAUCAAUUGGAAAUUUCUCGGAUUCUCUGCAAAUUUUCAAAGGAAGUAAUUGUAAACUGAAAGGCUUCAUUCCUGAAGAAAUUGGCAAUCUUACCGGUGUGAUAAAUAUGGAUUUCUCACAAAAUGAUAUGACUGGACAUAUUCCAAAUACUGUCCAAGGCAUGUUGAACCUUCAAGAAUUUUACCUACCUCGCAACAAGUUAGUAGGAAUCAUACCAGAUGCUAUCUGCAAUUUAAAGAAUCUUGGAGCAUUACACUUGUCAGAAAAUCAGUUUUCUGGUUCAGUGCCACCAUGCGUAGGGAACAUUACCAGUUUGAGGUAUCUUUAUCUAGAUAACAACAGGCUGAAUUGGAGCAUACCUGCAAGCUUGGGGAACCUUCAAGAUCUCAUAGAAUUCGAUGUUUCGUCCAAUUUAUUAAAUGGGGAAAUUCCGAUGGAGAUUGGAAAUUUAAAGGUUGUAACGCUGGUUGAUCUGUCAGAAAAUGAUUUUAAUGGUAAGAUCCCUAACACACUAGGGGGCCUAGAUAGAUUGAUUAAUCUUUCUCUAGCUCACAAUAGAUUAGAUGGGCCUAUUCCAGUUUCAUUUGGAAAAAUGCUUGGGUUGGAAUUCUUGGAUUUGAGCAAUAACAACCUUAGUGGUGAAAUUCCAAAGUCAUUAGAAGCUCUCGUGUAUCUCAAAUACUUGAACUUCUCAUUUAAUGAACUUAGUGGAGAGAUUCCCACGGGUGGUCCUUUUGCAAAUGCCACAGACCAAUCUUUCUUGUCCAAUUAUGGGCUCUGUGGUGAUUCUAAGUUUCAUGUGUCACCAUGCGUCAUCAAAUCUCCCAAGAGGUCAAAGACAAAAAAGGCAAUCUUGGUUUUGUACAUCCUUUUAGGAGUGGGUAUGCUAUUUCUUGCAUUAGUCCUUGCAUAUGUAUUUUUACGAUUGCGAAAAAAAAAGAAGAAUGCAGGUCAAGCAGAUGGAUAUCUAGUAAAAGGGCAUAAAAGAAUUUCUUACUAUGAGCUUGAACAAGCAACGGAAGGAUUCAGUGAAAGCAACUUGCUUGGUAACGGGAGUUUCAGCAAGGUCUACAAAGGGAUACUUAAGGAUGGUACUUUUUUGGCAGCAAAGGUAUUCAAUGUGAAAUUGGAGGGUGCAUUCAAAAGUUUUGAUACGGAAUGUGAGAUGCUAAGAAGCCUCCGCCAUCGUAAUCUUACUAAAGUCAUCACUAGUUGCUCCAAUCUUGAUUUCAAAGCCUUAGUAUUGGAGUACAUGCCGAAUGGGACACUUGAAAAAUGGCUAUAUAGUCAUAACUUUUUCUUGCACCUAUUGCAGAGAUUAGAUAUAAUGAUAGAUGUUGCAUCUGCAAUGGUCUAUCUCCACAAUGGUUGUUCAAAUCCGGUGGUGCAUUGUGACUUGAAGCCAAGCAAUGUCUUGCUAGAUCAAGAAAUGGCUGGCCAUGUCAGCGAUUUUGGUAUUGCAAAAAUGUUAGGUGCAGGGGAGACUUUUGUUCAAACAAGGACAAUAGCAACCAUUGGAUAUAUUGCUCCAGAGUAUGGACAAGAUGGAAUAGUAUCCACGAGUUGCGAUGUUUAUAGUUUUGGCAUCCUGAUGAUGGAGACGUUUACAAGAAUCAGACCAAGUGAUGAAAGAUUUACUGGAGAAUUGAGCAUACGACGUUGGGUUAGUGAUUCUUUUCCAAAUGAGAUUAAUAAGGUAGUGGAUGCUAAUUUGGUACAGCUAGGGGAUGAACAAACUGAUGCAAAGAUGCAGUGUCUUUUAUCUAUCAUGGAUUUAGCUUUGAGCUGCACUGUAGUAACACCUGAUGCAAGAAUUGGCCUGGAAGAUGCUCUUUCAACACUUCAAACGAUUAGACUCCAGUUUGUCAGUAGUCGUCACUAGGUGGAAUAAGACUGUCGGCUCCCCAUUGUUUUUUGAUUACCUAUGUGUGUUGUAUUAUCCUUUCAUUUCUGCAUUAGUACUUAAGUUUGUUGUAUUGUGGAUUGUGGUAGCAAGUCAUUUCUUGAUGUGUGUAAUUUUAAUGAUAUAAAGAGGUCUACAAUGAGACUUGAAA